CGAUCACGCCCUCUCCGCCGAGCAAAAACACCAGAGUCCAGACUUUAGCGUUGCCCAGGGCCAGAAGACGCUGAUAUUUUUUUUUUUGGUUUUGUUUUUAAAUUAAAAAAAAAAAAAAAAAUUGUCCCAUUCACGAACCUGGCUCAGUCGAUAGAGGAAUUUUCGAAUAUGGUCUGUGGGGGUUUCACCUGUUCCAAAAAUGCGCUCUGCUCCCUGAAUGUGGUUUACAUGCUGGUCGGGCUGCUGCUGAUCGGAGUAGCAGCAUGGGGGAAGGGCUUCGGCUUGGUGUCGAGCAUCCACAUCAUCGGAGGGGUCAUAGCAGUGGGCUUCUUCCUGCUCCUCAUCGCCAUUGUAGGACUCAUCGGGGCAAUACACCACCACCAAGUGAUGCUCUUCUUUUACAUGGUGAUUCUAUUCAUCGUUUUCCUGUUCCAAUUUGGAGUUUCCUGUUCCUGCUUGGCGAUGAACCGCGGGCAGCAAGAGGCACUUCUGAACUCUGCCUGGGGAAUAUUGGAAAACAAGACCAAGACAGACCUGGAGAGCCAGCUGAACUGCUGUGGGCUGCUCAAUGUGACCAGCAGCCGGACACAUUUUGAACAGGAUUUCCAAAACUGCCCAGCGUUAUGCAAAAAGGACAAUAUCUGUUUCACCUGUGGGGAUAAGAUGCUGAAUCACGCAACAGAGGCUCUUAAGAUCCUCGGGGGCGUCGGACUCUUCUUCAGCUUCACAGAGGUGGGGUUCAUCUAAAGAUUGUGAUUCUUAUCUUCAAUGAUUCUGAAUCGCAGAUUUUGUUUGUUGUCCGUUGUUAAUAACAUUAUAUUUGGAAAUGAAAAGGGCAGAACCCAACUGUGAGGGUGCAGCGCAGCACACGCUGGAUUUACACUCUGCGCAAGGGGUUAGCGGGAGUCCCGCCAUGCGUACCCACGAUGCAGGUUUUGAUUUGUAGUUUAGCCUGUUGAUAAACUGAGUACUGAUGCAGAUUGACGGUGAGGUACACAAAAAGAUUUACAGAACUGGAGUCGCUCUGUCUCGUUACUGAAUAAGAGACCAGCGCCGUGCAAGCGGGCAGGUUCGCAGCGUAGUCACGCUGUUAGAUGUUGGUUGCUGAAAAGGAAAAGACCACUGAGUUCUUUGUGUGGUCUUCACUCUCAACAAACUCCCCUGGUAUCAGAAGCAUAUCGGAGGGGGGGGGGACACAAGCACCCAGUCACAGUUCUUGCAGUCCCCACGUGGUUUCUCAGCCUACGCCGUGGCCCCAAUGUAUAGUUACAUUUUUUGAGGAGGCGCACGUCAGCUAUGCCAUAGGUCCAUCCUCUGCUCAUUUCAAAAGACCCAAGUCCGUUCGUUGUUGUGUAUAACAGUGUGUUUUCCCGGUACUGCGUUAACAUUGCAGCACAGAGGGCAAUCUCAGUUUGUGGGAACUUAAAAUUAGUACCAGCAAAGCGGAGCACUGCUCUUUCUUUCCUCUUUGCCCAGAACAUGUAGACCAACUUCUGUUUCUACAAAAGACGUUCAGUCUAGUGAUGUUGGUCAGUUAAUUACACUUUUCUCUCAUCGCCCAGACAGAGAGAGGACUGUAACAUACUUCUAAAUGAAUGCAGUUCCAUUUUUUAAAAAUAAGAAAAAGGCUGUGUACUCUCACCCUCCACUCCGCUGUAUUUGUUGAUCUUCCAGUGAUGUUUCAUAUUGCAUUUCAGCUUAUUAACACAAAUUGAUGACAUGACAUUCAGUGCACUGGAGGAAGAUCCCAAAACUACUUCCCCCCUUUUCUGAUAAUUCAAUUGAGAGUCAGUUUCGAGAGUGAUUCCGAAUUGUUGAAUCAAAUCUUGAGAAUCCAAAAGGAUUCCCAUCCCCGACUGGUUCGAUUCGCUGCUUCUCCUAACCCCAUAUCCAAGUGUCUUUGAGCAUAAUACUGAACCGUGUCUAACCUGUGUAAUCCUUCACGAUCACAGAUCCUCGGAGUGUGGCUCGCUGUGCGCUACAGAAACCAGAAGGAUCCACGAGCAAACCCAAGUGCUUUCCUAUAGUCUGUCCCACGCACGCAGCGCGGUGCCGUAGGUGCGGUCUCAGACGCACACUGGCACACGCAGAUUAAUGCACAUCUAGAGGCAGACACUCAGGCAUAUGAUACAGAGCCACACCGACCACAACACCACAGAAUGGACGAGCGCACACGGCACCUGACAAACACUGAGAAACAAAACGCAGUCGCCUUCACCUGAGACUGAGAAACGACAACAACCUGUCACCUGUCCAGAAUUUUUUGCCCGAGCUCAAGCUGGAAGACCUGGAUACUUAUGUAUGAAAGGAUGACUUGUAAUACCAAGAAGUGCGGCUUGUUGGUAUCACGACCCAGCCUUGAUUUGAAUACCAGAUUUCCUGAUUGCGGCCUGCUCAGUUUCCAACUAUGUAACAAGCAAUGAGACAUCUCUGCAUGUGUCCUACGCCUGCCCAGUCAAACGGCCUCUUCGUUGAUUUCAUUCCACGCCCCAACCAAAUGGCUGUGCGGUGUCCAACAGAUCAUUUGUAUGCACAUUGAAAUUUUCCUCUUGUUUCUAAUGUAGUGCCACCACUUAAUGACGCAUAUAUUCCCUCUGGUCAGUGCUAUCAGUGACGUGUAAAACUGUAAAUCCGAACAUGUUCAUUGUGAUGAGAACGUCGGCUGAAUGAGGGGGAAAGAAGGCAAGUACUGGACAUGUGGUGUAAAGUAGUUUUUGAAAUUGUAUGUGUGUGUGUGUGUGUGUGUAUGUGUGUGGAUUUUUUGUUUGUUUGUUUUUUUGGGGGUGGGGUGGGGGUGGGGUUUCGAGAUGCCACAAACGCCGGGAUUUAACAGGUUUAGGAUGCAAGAAUAGAUUUUAGGUAGUGUAGUUACUAGACAUUCGGGUUCAAAUAUUUAUGAACUGUAACUGAGCCAACUAACUUUUAACAGUCAGCGAUAUGAGGAUGCCAACGGACUGCAGCCUUGUUGUUGUAAAUAAUCUUUAAAUACUGUAGUUCCCAGAAAUCACCUUCAAUGGGUUUUGCCAUGUGUGCUACGCCCCUCUAGUUCAGAGGUUUGCCUGCAUAGUUAAGGUCUACGAAGGGCCACGAUAAUUCACCCUUCCUGUAUUUAAUAUGUUCCUUUGUGUCGCACAGUGAUGUUGCUUGGAAUAGAUUAUGGUAGUUAAAAAAAUAAAAAAUAAAAAUAAAAAAAAGUCGAUUCAGGUACGUAUCAUUACCUCUGUGUAACUGGAAGAAAUCACAAAAAUGUGUAAAAAAAAAAUAAAAAUAAAAAAUAAAAAAAAUAAUAAUAAUACGUGCUGAUUGAUUUGAAAUAAUUGGGUGAAUUUGGACAAAACUGCUUCUUGCAAAUCCAAUUUUGUUUUUACAGUGUUAAUUGUGAAAAUGUGCUUUCGGUUGCAAUUAUUUUGCUUCUUUUUUAAUAUUUUGAAACAGCUAUGCUUUUGUGGAAUUAUUUUGUCGGGAUAAUUGUGUUCUGCGUUGCCAUCAGCUCUUUUCGUUCAUCAGUGUUAAAUGCUUUGUAAAGACUUGUUAAAUAUUUUCAGGAUCUAUUUAAGUUAAGGUUGAUGAUGCACACUAGGUUAAAGUUAUGUUGUAGUUUUGAUGAUAACAUUUUUAAAGCCUUGCUCGAUGUUUGACUUUUCCUGUUGAUAAAUCACUGCUCACUAAUUCUCUCUAUAAGAUGUUUUUUUUUUUUUUUCUCUUUCGAAUUGCUUUUAACUUAAAGGACUAACACAAACCGUAAUUACAUGUCUUACUUGAACCUGUCAACUUCGCUGAUAUGGAUUUCCUGCUGCUGGUUUGGAGUUGGUGUAAACAAACAUUUUGACACAUCUUAAGCGUUAAGCAUUACGCCAUAUAUUACACCUCACUUUGAAUUUGUGUGCACUUGUUAUUCAAAUGUAUCUUGAAUUUUUGAGACUUAAUUUUCCACAUAAUAAAAUCUCAAAUUGGGAA